GUUUUUCACUGCAUUUUUUUCUUCUUCAUUAAAUUAAAAGAUUCAUUCACAGCAUAAACUUGGUCUCUCCGAAAAACCCGCCUUCAAUUCUUCUUCAUCUUCAUUCCAUUCUCAUUCUCAUUCUCAUUCCCAUGGAUUCCGACCCCAAAGCCCUAGAAAAAACCAGACAAAAAUCAUGCCUUUCUCUCUUUAAAUCUCACUAUCUGUAGUCAACCAAAACAAGAAGAAGAAGACGAAGUCAGUUUUGUGUUUGGGUUUUACUUUUCAUCUUUGAUUCAAGAUCAAAUUGAUGUAAUCGUCGAAAACCCCAAGCGAAUUGAAGUGGAUUGCCUCAAAACUUUGUGUUUCUUGAUGUUGGAAUUUUGAGGGAGUCACUGAGAUUGAGAGAGGAAAGUCAAGAUGCUUUCGUCGAAUCUAUGGGGAGGUUCAUUUGAGAUGCACGAUGAUGACAAUAGAGAUAGAAAUACGAAAGUGGAUGAUAAUUUAGACAGAGGAGCUCUAACUAAUCAACAACAAUUAGAUCAAGCUCAACAAAGUUGGUUAUUAGGACCUAAAGAGAACAAAAGAAAGAAAUAUAUGGAUUUUGGUUGUGUAGUUUGUAGUAGACAAGCGGUAAAAUGGUCAUUUUGGACAAUUGUUUUAGCUUUUGUUGUCAUUGCUCUUCCAACGAUUAUCGUCAAGAAUUGGCCAAACCAUAAAGUCCAUCCCACUCCUCCGGAUCAAUACCAUGUUGCUCUCACAAAGGCGCUCAAAUUUUUUGACGCACAAAUGUCGGGGAGGUUGCCGAAGAACCAUAACAUUUCAUGGAGAGGACCUUCUGGAUUAAAAGAUGGAGUGAAGGAUGUGAAAGGUGGACUAGUUGGCGGCUAUUAUGAUGCUGGAGACAACAUUAAGUUCAGUUUCCCGAUGGCUUUCUCUAUGAGUAUGCUAAGUUGGAGUGUGAUAGAAUAUAGUCAUAAAUACAAAUCGAUAGGGGAAUAUGAUCAUAUAAGGGAUAUCAUCAAAUGGGGCACCGAUUACCUACUUCUUACCUUCAAUUCUUCCGCCACAAAUAUCGACAAAAUUUAUAGCCAGGUAGGCGUUGGUAGGAGUGACUCAACUUUACCAGAUGAUCAUAACUGUUGGCAAAGACCAGAAGACAUGAAUUAUGACCGCCCGGUGCAAACAACAACUGCAGGAUGCGACUUGGCCAGUGAAAUGGCAUCAGCUCUAGCAUCUGCAUCAAUUGUCUUCAUCGACGACAGAAAAUACUCCCAAAAACUCAUAAAAGGUGCUACUGCCUUGUUUGCAUUUGGUAGGGAUUUUACUAAACGUUCCACAUAUAGCACAGGGAAACCAGAUAUUGAACAGUUUUACAAGUCGUCUGGAUACUGGGAUGAGUUCAUGUGGGGCUCGGCUUGGAUGUAUUAUGCAACUGGUAAUUCGAGUUAUCUUUCCCUGGCCACGAAUCCAGGAAUACCGCAGAAUGCGAAUGCGUCUCUCCGAACAGCAGAUAUGGGAGUUUUGAGUUGGGACAACAAGUUACCAGCUGCUGAAUUGUUGUUAACUAGGAUGCGGAUCUUUCUGAGCCCAGGGUAUCCUUAUGAGGACAUGCUGAGAAGCUAUCAGAAUCUUACUAGUUUAAAUAUGUGUUCGUAUCUUAAGAAGUACAAUGUUUACAAUUUUACUAAAGGUGGCUUGAUACAAUUGAACCAUGGAGGCCCCCAGAAUCUGCAGUAUGUUGUGAAUGCUGCUUUCAUAGCUUCUCUAUUUGUUGAUUAUAUGAACGCAACAGGCGUGCCUGGCUGGUACUGUGGAACGCAAUACACUGGUGCAGAUGAACUGCACAAAUUUGCCACUUCUCAGGUUGAUUACAUUCUUGGGGCAAACCCAAGUAAGAUGAGCUACGUAGUUGGAUAUGGGGAGAAGUUUCCGAAGCAUGUGCACCACAGAGGUGCAUCUAUACCUCUUGAUGGUCACCAAUACACCUGUAAAGAAGGCUUUAAAUGGCGAGACACUAAGAAUUCUAAUCCCCACAAUCUUACGGGAGCCAUGGUUGGCGGUCCCGACAGGUCUGAUAAGUUUCAAGAUUUCCGGCGUAAUUAUAACUUCACUGAACCAACGUUAGCCGGAAAUGCAGGACUCGUGGCAGCUUUAGUGUCCUUGACGACUACUGGGGGAAGCAUAGUUGACAAGAACACUAUGUUCUCAGGCGUACCACCGCUGUCCCCUACUCCUCCACCACCUCCUCCUCCAUGGAAACCUUGAUUCAGUCAUUUUCUAGCCAUAGUUAAAUUGAUAUAGUUACCCCCUUUUGGUACCUAGAAAUUCGUGAUCUGAAUUAUAUUUUGCUUCUUCAUAUAAAGACACGGAUAGAUUCUUCUUGUAAUUAUUACCAUCAUUGGGCUAAUCUAUUGUGGGGGUUUUACGUAUUCCAGGGUCAUAAAGAUUGACUGUUUACAUUAUUACUCUAGUAGAUUCUGAACUGUGUCGUUUCUUUAAUAUCAGUUGGCAGAAGGUGAAAGUUGUUUUA